AUGGACAACGGCGCCGCAGUCCUUGACCCAGCACUACGAAGCGCGGAGCCCUUGAGCCCCGGAAGCAACAGCCUAGACGGAGGUCCUCGAACAGCUGCGGCGCGCGACGGUGGCGGCGCGGCCGAGCGACACCAGGAACAGGCGCAGGGACAAGAGCAGGGUCAUCAUGUUCAUCACCAACAACACCAACACCACCCCGAAUCGCCCGAGUCGCCUCACUCCGGCCACGGCGGUGGAUCGAGUGGCGAGACACCGCAGCACGAUGCGCUACACGGCACGAACUCCGACGAUCCCAAGAGGCCGCGCGCCUGCGAGGCGUGCCGUGGGCUGAAAGUGCGAUGCGAGCCGGACCCGAACGACCCCGAGGGUCCGUGUAAACGAUGCAAAAAGGCCGGGAGAAAUUGCGUGGUAACGAUGCCAACAAGAAAGAGGCAGAAGAAGACGGAUAGCAGGGUUGCGGAGCUGGAGAAGAAGAUUGAUGCAUUGACGGCGAGCUUGCAGGCCCGUGGAAGCUCCGCCGCGCCGUCGGCUGCUGCUGGUGGCAGCGGUGGUGGUGCAUCUACGGGCGUGUCGGCAGCGAGGGAUGAGAAUCCAUAUAAACAGCAGGGUUGGGGCAAUUACGGCAUGACAAAGAACUGGAGUACGAAUACCGUCGCGGAGACGCCAAGCAUGGCCGCGGACGGGUUCGGGCUCGACCAACAACAGUUGCACGGCGGAGAUAGAGGUCGGUUCGACACCCUGAUCCCACCCGCCGCUGGGCAGAAGAGGAAACUCUCGGACCGCGGAAGCACACCAGGAGAUAUGACAGAGAGCGGUAGUGGAGGCAGGCCAGCGCCGCCGAUACACAUGGGCAGCGACUACGCCGACGUCGUGGAGCGCGGAAUCCUCAGCGCCGAAAAGGCGGCGGAGCUGUUUGAGCGGUACAACACGCAAAUGAUGCCGCAUAUGCCGGCAGUGGUAUUCGCGGCUGGCACGACGGCCGAGGAGACGCGGAAAACGAAGCCUUUGCUGUUCCUUGCCAUCAUGUCGGCGGCGUCGUCCGAGUCGCCCAACGUGCAGCGCAGGCUGGUCAAGGAGCUGAUGCAAAUCUUUGCCGAGAAGAUUAUCAUUACAGGCGACAAGAGUCUGGAGAUUGUGCAAGCUUUGCAGGUUGCCGUGAUUUGGUACUGGCCGCCCGAGCACUUUGAAGAGCUCAAGUUCUACCAGCUCGUGCACAUCGGCGCUGUCAUGGCGCUCGACAUCGGGCUGGGCCGGCGGACGGCCGGGAGGAAGAUGCUGGUCCCGUUCCAGUGGCGGAACCACCCGUUCAAGCGGGCGUCACCGCCGGACCCGGCGUCCAUCGAGUGUCGGCGCGCGUGGUUGGCCGCGUACUUCUUGGCGGCGAACACCUCGAUGGCGCUGCACCGGCCGAAUCUGGUGCGGUGGACAUCCUUCAUGGCCGAGUCGAUGGAGGUGCUGCAGACGUCGGCGGACGCGGCGCCUACGGACAAAUACUUUUGUCACCUCGUGUGGACGCACCGGCUCGCCGAGGAGGUUGGGAUGCAGUUUUCCAUGGACGACCCGGCCAUUGUACCCAACAUCACAGACUCGCGCACGCAGUAUUCGCUGAGGAUGCUGGAGAGGGAUUUGGAGAAGUAUGUCACUUCUGUACCCAAGGAGGAAAUGCAGUCAACACUCCGCAUGUCCUUCCACGUCCUUUCCCUCUACAUGCACGAGAUUGCCCUGCACACUCAAAUGGACGAUAUGCGCCCGCCCUUCGACACAGCGACCCUCAAAGACAACAUGCUGACCAGCCUCACACUCACAACCUCCCACAUCAAUGCCCUCUCAGCGUGCCUGUCCGCCAUUGACGGCAUCUUUGAGGCAUUUUUGGCAAUGGAAGUCCCCAGCAUUCGCUGCCUGCCCGUUUUCAACUUUGUGCGUGUCGCGUACGCCGUUGUCGUACUCAUCAAGAUGUACUUCUCCGCUACGGCGCCCGGGUCCGAGUUGGGCAAGGUGAUUGACAAGGAUAACAUGAGAGUGGAGUACUACCUCGACGCGCUCCUCGAAAAGUUCCGCGCCGCGGCUUCGGAUGACCGGAGUCGACCGGCUGCCAAAUUUCUGGUGGUGCUGGUGAUGUUGAGGAGCUGGUUCUUGAAGCAGAGUAGAGGGCUGGCCGUGGGUGCGCCGCCGGAGGCGUGCUCCUGCGCCUGCGGCGCCAGCGGCAUCACAGCCCGAGCAGACCCCGGCGUCUACACAUGCUUCCCGACCUACAGAGCCGACCCCUGCGGAGGAGCAGCAGCGGACGUACCAAGCGGCUCCCCCACGAUGCAAGAAUACCCCGCGGCCAACACGCCGCUACACCUACUCUCCGAAAUCGCGACGAACGAUCGCUCGGGCCGUGUGGCGAACAACAUCCUAUGGAAUCCGCCGCCGUCGUCAGGAAGACAAUCCUUUCUAUACAACCCCAACGCCGUGACACCCACGCCGCUCGACGGACCGGGAUCCGGCCCGACUACGGCGUCCAGCGGCGCCAUGGACAAUGCCACCUCUAGCACAAAUCCAAGCGUUCCCAACGCUGCGGCGCCGUGGCUGAACCCGGCUUGGCAGUUCGACCUCCAGGACAUUGGCCUCGACAUGGGCUUCACCGAGGGGUUGUCGCUCGAAGAAUUCACCACUGGGUUCGGCGCGAGCCCGGGGAGUCUGAGUAACGGAAUGCGGUACGUCAUGGCGCAGGAUCCCUGGCUCAGCGGGAUGGGUGGGCUCGGGGACAUUUUCGACGGGAUGCCCGGAGCGUCCGGUCCGCCCAUGUUUCCCAUGUGA